GAUUCACGAUACUCGAUGCCAGAGUCUGACGCGAUCGGCGACGGCUCCAGAUUCCAGGAAGUGGGAACGGGUCCCUUGUAUCGUCUGGAGAUCCCCAACUGCCGCCUGGAGGACACCGGCGCCUACAGCAUCCUGGCGAGGAACGAGCAUGGGGAGUGUCGGGCGGUUAUCUCCCUGCAGGUCUACGCUAAAGGCCUGAAGGGCGAAUUGGAAGGAAUACCAGUGAAACGCGGCGUGAUGGAGCAUGUGCCGGUGGUGACGCGGCCGCUGCAGGACGUGCGGUGCUGUGAUGGCGACUCAGUCACUUUGGAGGCUCUGGUGGACGCGCCCAAGCACUCGACCGUCCGCUGGGAGAAGCAAGGAAAGGUACUGAAGCUCAGCGGCGACCUGGAGAGCGAGUGGGACGGCUCGUGCGUGCGCCUCAAGAUUCGCCAAGUCUACCCCGAGGACGAGGGCGAGUACUCCUGCAUCAUCUUCAACGACAUGGGCAAGGCCGUCACCUCUGCAACAAUCGUCGUGGAGAUGGCUGACGACAAGGAGAAUGACGUGACAGUGCAGAUGGAGCACCGGCCGGACCUCUCUCGCAGGACCACGCCCUCGAGAACCAACACGCCCUCCAGGUUCUCCCGCUCGCCCUCUGUCACCUUCCGACGUGAGGGAAGCGCCCACUCCUGGGCGGGCGUGGGCUGGCGUGAACCCUCCGUCACCGUGUCUCACUGGCGCCCUCUCUCUCGCGGAUCCUCCCCUCUGCUGCUAGCCCACCGCUACACACCGGAGCCGACCACGCGCUCCAAGAGCCGCCGCUCACACCGUCCCAAGUUCUACUACAUUCCCCAUGACCGAAUCGUGGAGGAGGGCGAAACCGUCACAUUCCAGUGUGCCAUCAAGGGCCACCCGACCCCGCGGUCGUCAUGGGACAAGGACUCCAUCAAGCUCGUCGAGGGUGGCCGCUACAAGAUGGAGGAGCGAGACGACGUCCGCACCCUCGAGAUCUCCAAGGUGGCGCUACAGGACGCAGGACUCUACAGAAUCACCAUCGAUAACGACCUCGGUCGCGAGCAGGCCACUGCCAGGCUCGACGUAAUCAAGGCAUCAGGUAACAAGUAUAGCGGCUACGUGAGGUCAUGGCACACGUCUCCGCUGACGGUUCCGCGCUUCACUCGCUCGAUGCCGUCCACCAGAGUGAGGCAGGGCAGCAGGCUCUCCCUCUCCGCAGACUACAGGGGCUCGCCAACGCCUAGAGCGAAGUGGUACAGAAACAACGAGCUGCUGCCACUGUGCGACGACUUCCCACAGAGCUACGACGGCAAGACCGCCACUCUGGACCUGCCGUCUGCCACCGCUGCCGACGCUGGCACCUACACGUGCGUGCUUGUCAGUGACGCCGGUAGAGCCGAGUGCUCGUGUGAGGUGGUGGUGGAGCACCAUAAGGAGACCCCCAACCAGCCGCCCUAUUUCCUCCGUGGUCUGAAGGACUUCACGGCGCUUGACGGCGAUGAAGUGAGACUGUCCGUCAAACUCGCAGGUUCGCAGCCCAUUCGUGUGUUGUGGGUUCGCAACGACCAGGAAAUCAAGAAUUCUGAGGACUUCACGUACCUGGAAGAGGAGGAGGGUGAAUACGCUCUCGUUAUCCGCGACGUCUUCCCUGAGGAUGCCGGUAUCUACAUCUGCGAGGCUUAUAACGCCCACGGAGACGCCCACACCCACUGCAGAUUAGCUGUUCAUGACCCACGAGAAUCAGAGGCAUCGAUGCCACGGAUAGUCGGUAAUCUGAAGCCUUUGGACGUGGAGGAGGGCUCAGCUGCCCGGUUCAGCGUCACCGUUCACGGAUCACCCCGCCCGACCCUCACCUGGUACUGCGAUAACCGCAAGUUGAUCUCCACACCUCGAAUCAAGAUCAACAUGGUGGAUGACGACGUGGGCGCAGAUGGCGAGGUGCAGCACACCCUGGGCAUCCUCCACGCGCUCUCCACCGACUCGGGCGUCAUCUCCGUCGUCGCCUCCAACUGCCUCGGCUCCGAUACCGCAUCCACCACACUCAAGGUUGAUCCCUACACCCCGAGGCGAGAGGAGCGCGUGCGAUCGCCCCUCGGCACAAACUCCACGGCCAGCGCCACCUCCAGGUUGUCGCCGCCGCGCACCUCCAACUCGCCCGCGCCCAGGAUCAGACCCUCACUCAAGGAGGUCACAAACACUGGCACGGCAAGCGUGGACUCAGCCUACGGCAGCGUCAGCCUCAGGGAUUCUGCCAGCGGCCGGAGCAGCACCCUCUCCAACCUCAGUGAACUGGAGGACGACCAGGGUGAACCAGCGAAGAAGCCCCUCCGCACCAUGGCCAGCUGCGACGAAGGAAAAGAAGACGAACUGCAGUCUGACGAGAAGAAAGAGGAAGAACCAGAAGAGGAGGAGGAGGAGGAGGAGGAAGACACGGAAGCCGAGAUCCUGCUUGGUCCUCUUGACAUGACGGUCCUCAAGGGUCAGUCUGCAACUUUCACUGCAACCUUCACCGGCAAGCCUCAGCCCGUAGUGUCCUGGCUCAAGAAGGAGCAAGAGAUCUGCGACGGCGGACGGUACACGGUGAAGACGGAGAACGGCGCCACGACGCUCACCAUCCGCGACAUCGUGCAAGAGGACUGUGACAAGUACACCGUCGUCGUCAGAAAUGCGCUGGCCGCCCACGCUGCCUUCGCUUCCCUUGCUGUAGGAAGUGCCCCCGAGCCGCCUGCGGAUCGACCCAACCACUCGGAGGUGACGGCGACUUCCGUGACGCUUUCCUGGUACGGCCCCACCUACGACGGCGGCUCUGUGGUCACGGGAUAUAAUGUGGAGGCGCGCAAAGUGGGCGAGGUUGAGUGGAAGACGCUCAUCACGGGAUGCCAUUCCACGUCAUACAUUGUGACGGGACUGGAGACUGGUUGCCAGUACGAAUUCCGCGUGCGAGCGCAGAACAUGCAUGGCCUCUCCGAGCCCUCGAAGCCCUCGCAGCCCGUCACCACCGCCAAUCAGACCAAGCAGGCGGAGGAGGAACCCGAGCCUGAGGACUAUGAAAAGGCCUUCGCUCCCCUCAACGUCGAAAUCGAGCCAGGGAAUAUGUUCGACGAGCAGUACACCCUGCACGAGGAGGUCGGCAAGGGCCGCUUCGGCAUCGUCUACAGGGUCACAGAAAAGACCUCGGGCACCAGGAGGGCUGCCAAGAUUAUCAAGUGCAUCAAGGCUAAGGAUAAGGAAAAGGUCCGCGAGGAGAUCUCGAUCAUGAACGCCCUCAGACACCCCAAGCUCCUUCAGCUCGGAGCAGCCUAUGAGCGCCCACGAGAGAUCAUCAUGGUGAUGGAAUACAUAUCCGGCGGCGAGUUGUUCGAGCGCGUGGUGGCUGACGACUUCAACCUGACGGAGCGUGACUGCAUUCUCUUCGUCAGGCAAAUCUGCGAGGGAGUCCAAUACAUGCACAGCACCAACAUUGUACAUCUCGACCUCAAGCCCGAGAACAUCCUGUGCGUGCGCCGUACGUCCCAUCAGAUCAAGCUGAUCGACUUCGGCUUAGCGCGGAGAUUUAACCCUGAUGACCCAUGCCGAGUGCUGUUCGGAACCCCCGAGUUCAUCGCCCCCGAAGUCAUCAACUACGAGCCCAUCGGUUUCGCUUCGGACAUGUGGUCCGUCGGGGUUAUCUGCUAUGUUCUACUGUCAGGGCUGUCGCCUUUCAUGGGCGACAACGACGCCGAGACCUUCAGCAACAUCACCCGCGCCGAGUUCGACUUCGACGACGACGCCUUCGACGCCAUCACUGACGAUGCCAAAGAUUUCAUCCAGUCCUUGCUUGUCAAACGAAAAGAAAAGCGACUCACGCCUGCGCAAUGCCUGGAGCACCGUUGGCUGAACCAGACUGAAGGUACCAUGAACAAGGUCGUCCUCUCCACAGACAAACUGAAGAAGUUCAUCAUUAGGCGAAAGUGGCAGAAAACUGGAAAUGCUAUCCGCGCUCUGGGACGAAUGGCCAACUUGACCAGCCGUCGCAGUUCUCAACCUUCUUCACCCACGAGACUCUCCCCCCUCCCGGAGAACCACACCCACACGCCCACCACCCCCGCCAGCCCCUCCCCCGUGUCCUCGCCCGCCGCCCUCGUUAAGACCAAGGGCUGCGCUCCCGUCACCCGCUCCUCGCCGAGCAUCAUCAGCGAGAGAAGCGAUUCCGGUAUUAGUGAAUGUUCGUUUGGUGUUGAAGAAAAUAACCCCAACCAAGUUAACAACCAGUGUGGCCUCACUAACGGUCGUGCUGUUACAGGGCGCACUGUUAUCAAAAGUGGAAAGACACCUUCUCUAGACUGGCAGUCGUCGGUUGACUCUGCUGUCUGCGACGACGACUUUAUCGGCAAGAGCGGCGACUUCGGGUCUUCGCAGAGAAGAAUCUCAAGGGAGGCGCUGCUGCAUGCCAAGACCGACGCACUAAUGAACGCUCACUCCAGAAUAUAGAAAUAUAUAUAAAAGAAAAUAGACUCGUAGUAUAUAAUGCUUAACUAAAGUUUUAUUGUAACGUAAAUAUACAUACAUGUAUACUGUGUACAUACAAGAGAAGAAUGGACGUUGGAGUGUAGUUACUAGCUGAUUAUUUGCCUUUUUAAUAAGUAUCAUAGUGGCCUUGAAUUUAAUAAAAUUUUAUUUAAUCCAUAUUUUGCCUGGACCGUAUGUAAUUAGAUCGCGCUGGCCAGUGACGGUAAGCCUCGCGCACGAAGCUGUGCAGGUUCAGGUCGGUGCGUCUUGCUCUCAAAGUGUUGUAUUUCUGCGGGCUGUGUUGGUGCACUUGCCCUGCAUUUGUCUAUUUAAUCCAUGUCAACGAAUAUGGAGCUUAUUUAGACGCUUUCAAGAUGGAGUCGUGAACACUUGACACAAGAAAAUUCCAUUGCUGAAAAAAUGGAAACCGAAUCUUCGACCUCUGAAGCGUGUCUUCCCUCGGGACACGGAAAAGAGGAGGAACGUAACUUCGUAUUCUCACUGUCGACCAGCCAGAACAGACUCUCGUGAAGGCUGAUGAUGCAUCAUACUUUUUAUCUUAGAAAAGUGUACACAAGCAAGUCAAAGGAAGAAUGUAAAAAAAUAAUGUGUUUGACGUUUUGCCGUGACGGAAAGACCAAGGGAAGCGUGCCUGAAUUUGCUUCCGUUGCCUAUCCGUCACACCCGUUUGUUUUCCCUUGCAGAAAAAAAUCCUGUGAAUUUGCCGUUAGUUCUUUAUUGUGUGUUUUAAUGUAUGCUUCAUAUGAUUUUGAUUUUUCUCAGUGCCAAAUAAAAUGUACAGAUGGUUUGCCUGAUAUCAUUCCACAUAAAACCUUUGACAUCUUUGAUUCAUUUGCCGGAAAUCAUUCAUCUUAACAGGUCAGCGUCCUAUUUUAUAUAUGUUAAUUGUUCAUCAUCGAUACAUUUAGUUUCUUUUCAAACGCCUUAUUUUAUUUCAAAAUGAUGUCGAUUAUCGCAUCUCCCCCCCCCCCCCUUCAUUUUUCUGAAAUUUCAAUGCCUUAGUGUAGCCUCGCCAGGCGGUGACCUCACGUACCCAGUGAGUCACCCUGUGGCGUCGGCUCUGCUUAAUAAAGAACAUUCAACGGUCAUCCCGCCUUUGUAAUAGAUACCGCUGGAGUGUGGUUCGGAUUCCCGUUAUCUGUGAGAUGGUCCGAGUGGCAGCCUUGCCUAGAUUCUUCGAGCCUUUACUAACAGGUUGAGAAUGUUACUUGUAGUGCCAGCAGUGCCAUUUCAUUUAUCGAAGCUUCAGAGAUAACGGCGUCGCGACGAUCGCCUCCAAAGAAGGUUAUUUAGGAUCCGUUUACCGAAGAAGCAUCCUGUUGAUGAUUAUAGGUAGAGAGUGGUUCCUGAUGUGUUUGUGUAGCUACGGUAAUGUGAUAAAAAAUGUAGAUAAGAUAUCCCGAGUAUGUGCAUGAUAUUGUUGUUAAGAGAUUAAAAGAUUUAUUUGAGA